AUGGAGAUCUGGGCAGGAUUCGGAUGGCUUCUCUACGGAAACGUGGCCGGACGUGAGAACUACUUGUAUGGCGGCUGUGAACACCUCAUUGACAAGCGACAGUUCCCGGACUUCGGAACGGCUUCGAAUAAUCAUGUUACCUCAUCCAUCACUCCUCCAGGUGGAUCAGGAUCCGAGCAAGGCGGGAGAGCGAAAGCUAAAUCCUCGGCUUCCUUCUUAAAUGCGCCGUUGGGGAAUCCAAAGAAGCGGAAGCAGGCCGAGGAUGAGAUCGAGGCUGGAGACAAAGCAAAACAACCGAAAGGCUACCUCGACAAAGCCGCCCGAGACCACCAUCGCGCUGAAGUGAAGAAAGCACAUGAUAGGUUUCAUGCUGCUGGGAAGAAGCUUGGGACCCCGCUCGUUCGGCCCAACAAGUCGGCGGAGACCAAGCGCGGUGGUCGACCGCAGAAUCCGCUCAUGGAAUGGGUCGCGAUCAUCAACCAUGAGACCAACAGCAAUGGCAAGGAGGCUGUGAAGCUGACACAUCCGGCACGGGAUGCCAGGCUCGUUUCCGUUUUCAAUGCCAGUCUCUUCCUGUGCUCACUCGAGUUACAUUUUCAGGAGAUCAAACACUGGCCGCUACUCAACGCUACCAUCAACGACAAGAUGGUCGAAUCAGCUCCCUCCCAAUUGCUUCUAUCGGGUACCGAAGCUGGCCUGCCAGCUGUUCGUUCUGCCAACGAGCGAGACCUCGAGGAGAAGAGGGCUCUCCGCGCACCGGGGUCUAUCUUGGAGCACUUUAAUGUCGCUAAAAUCACGCCCAAGGUCCAAACUUUUGUUGACCUCGCAAUGUUCCGGUUCUUCAUCUGCUGUGCCCUUUCCUGGACCCUCCUUGACAACAUUUGGUUCCGUACUUUUGUUUAUGCGCUGGCAGCAUCUUACGUGGUCCCAACGCGUUCGAGCUUUUUCUCAAAAUACCUCAGCUCGGAGAUUGCAGUUGUCAACAAGGUCCUUCGUGGUUUUCUUGCGGACCGCGAGAAUUUGUCGCUCUCCUUCGAUGGUUGGAGUACUCUGAAGCACGAGGAGAUCUACACGUUGCAUAUCACCACCCCGGGCCGGCGAUCCAUCUUUAUUGACGGGCAUGUCUUCACAGACAGUGUGACCGGGAACUUGUUACUUGAUGUCAUUCUAAACAAGGUGACGAGUAAUUUCCUGAUCGAAAAACCCACCCAGGACGCAGAUGAUGCGACUUUAGAUACACCAUUGGGCACGCAGCGGCAGCCCAAGACCAAGGACUCAGACGAGGACUCAGACGAAGUUCCCGUGCUGCCCCCAUUGCUCAAGCCCACUCAAUUGUCUUCGGUUGCGGGUGAUGGCGGACCGAAUGUGCGUCGGACCAAGCAGCUCUUUGUGGCAAGAUACCCAUGGAUUCUCAACAUCUAUGACCCAUGCCACAAUCUGAGCUUGUACAUGAAGGAUGUUGGUGCGAUCUUCAAAGACACGGUUCUCGUAAAUGUCUCCAUGAUCGCAAAUUACUUUGGGAAAUCAAACCUCGGAACGGCUCAACUUGCCAAGUGUCGCAAGGUUCUCAAGAUUACACACGGCAUUGCAUCUGCAACGGACACAAGAUUCUCAUCAUUGCGGGUUCAAUCCGUCUCGGUCAAGGAAUGUAUGCCUGCGAUCCGGCGAUGCAUGGACCUUGAGCUCAUCACUUUCAAAACGAAAGCGACAAAGAAGCUGCUUCCUUUUGUUACUGAAGGAACAGAUCACUAUAUGUUCAUGGCCAAUCUCGGCGCUUUUAUUGAUCUGACCGAGUCAAUUGCGAACGCAAUUUUGUCUCUCGAAGGACUAUAUGUCAACUGUGCCGACGUCUUCUAUGCGUGGGUCUGCAUUGCAUGCUCUCUCGACAACCUCCUUGGAUCAAAAGUGUCGCUCCAACCCCACCGGCGUGCAGUAAUUGAGAAGUACAAUGCACGAUUCACUCAGAUGAUGAUCGAGUCGACAGAGGACAUCUUUUUAUUCGGCUACUUCAUCCAUCCUAAGUACCAUAUUCAUGGUGGACUGCGGCUCGACAUGCCUGCCCUCGCCGAUGGUGCCACCCUCAGCAAGGAACAAUAUUCACCUCUCUUCUCCCGAUUGAUCACAGUCGCUUUGAAGCUUUUGAUGGGAGAACGCAAACGAACUCAAAAAUACAAGUCAUCGGCAGCUGCGGAAGCCUUGGUGGCGCAACUCAUAGCGUGGGCAUAUAACCGAGAACCGUUUCGUAGCCGGCAAUGGGCACAAUUUGCAACACCUCUCGAGUACUGGAAGUGCGUUGGAGAAGAUUCGAGUGCAAGGAUCCUUGGUGUUAUCGGCAUCAAAGUCUUUUCAAUUGUUCCAUCCGAGAUUUGUGACGAGCGUACAGCAUCCCGACUCGGGUGGUUCAACUCUGCUCGUCGGAGCUCAAUGACACCGCAGAAUUUAAUCAACAGCGCCCGACUCCAUGACUAUUACACUCAUGGCUAUAACAACGAUUCUCCGAAGGGUAGGGUAUCCCAGGCAUUUAUCCAUGUUCCAUCGCCCGUCACUGCCCCCGAUGACGGAAAAGCCAUCCGAUCCGUUCCUACGCUUGCCGAUCUCUUGAAUCCCGUUGACCCAACAGAAGCAGCUCCGGUAGAUCUGGAAAGCCUCGAGGACACCUGGUUCAACCGACCGGACCCGUAUGACCUCGACGAGGCCGAACGCGUUCCUGCUCCCACUGUCGUUCGGACGAACGACCGCUUCGCUAUCUUCGACAUCAUCAAACCUGAUGACGGCAAGCUUGUGAGCUUGAUUGCGUCAGGAGGAAUGGUGGAAGGUGACGCUUUUGAGCCAGAGUUGAGCUCGGAUGGCAAUGAUGAGGACGAGGCAGGUGGAGGCUGGGACUAUAGUAAUUUUAUCUGA